AUGAAUCAUUGGGAGAUAACCGUAAAAGAAUUGAUUAAUGCGCUUUUAGAUGAAUACAGGCCAACAUUAGCAACGUUACCAACUACGUAUCUCGCACUUGAUAAAUUACUCGAACCACCCGCUCGGCAUGCGAAAACUAUCUCGAAUGAUUUCCUACUAUAUCGUAAAGAUUGUAAUGCGCGUCUCAAAUCAACACAAAGAAUUGUUCAUCAAAUUGACUUGUCCACCAUGGUUCAAAAUUUAUGGAACAAUGAAAAACACGAAGUAAAAGGUUUAUUUAAAAUACUUGCGGGUAUUUUAUUACAAGCUACGCAAAAUGCGCGAGCUAAAUUCGAACGAGAGGAAACCUUAAGACGCCCAAAACGAGAGGAAUUAGAACGAGAGGAAGUCUUAAGACGCCCAAAAAGACGAAGAAAAUCAAUGAAACCUUGGGAAACCUCAACAAGAAUUCCCUCAAUGUUCGUGAGCCCUAUUCUUCAUAAUGAACAUAAAUUCUCUAAUGCACAGGAUAAAGGAGAGGAUGCAAACAAUAACAAGGACAACAACGUAUCAAAUCUUAUUAUCACGAAACAAGUGGAGCCUCCUCAAAUUGAGAUUCAACAAAACGGAAAUACAUGUAUCUCGACAUCACCGAUUGUGUUUAACUAUUUCUUAGAUUCUAAUUUCGACGUUAUGCAGAAUGAUAUUUCAACAAAUUACCAAGCUCAAGAUGAAACUAUAGAAAAUUCGACGUUUAUUACCGACACAAACACUUUUAUGCCUCAAUUAGGAAUAGAAUAUAAUUUGCAAAACAAUGAACAUUUUCAUAUGCAGGCAUCAUUUAUCGACUUUCAACAUUAUCAAACCAAUGACUAUUUUCAAGAUUGGAAUAUUCAGAAUAAUGGCAACGUUUUAUAUGAUACAAUGCCAGAUUCGGAAAAUAUGUAUGUUCUUCCUUCCGGAAGAUUGUCAAAUAUUAUGUAUCAAUGGAGUCUUAAUAAUGAUAACACCGACGAUGAUAAUACUAAACAUAAUCAACAAUAA